AUGCCAGAAGUUGUAGCCGAUAAUCACCCUCUUGAAACUUCUAGUAUGACAGCUCAACUUGUUGAUGACAGUACGAGUGAUACCAAUGAGGCUUUAUUGAUAAACGAGCAAAAUGACACAACUACGGCUUUACCAUCACAACAAGAAUCUCACGAGACACAAUCAGUCGUAAGCGAUGUAGCUAACAGUGCUGUUAACACAGCUACUCCUGUAAUUGAACAACCAGUCGAUUCUGACGUUUCUCAUGCCAAGGGUUUCUAUAAUACUGGCGACUCGAACGAGGUUGUUGAUUUAGUAGUUGAGGGCCAAUUGCCAGAAUGGUUAGUCGGUGAGCAUUAUACAGUCGGUCCCGGUACCUACGAUGUAAGAUACACUCGCAAAAUUGAAGUGGACGGUGUAUUACAGAGUGCGACAGCUACAUUCACAUUUGGUCAUUGGUUUGAUGCAAUUCCUUUAGUAAAUCGUUUUGAUUUUAACGGUGAAAGAAAUUCAGUUACUUAUCGCCAUCGUUUACCAAACAAACGCUUGAUUGAAAAGAUCCGUGACCACCAUGGAUUUGCGCCUAACUAUCCUGGUGGUUUGUUCAAAACAGAUUCUAACCAAACUGUGCUGAUCAAAUUCAUGGACACUGGUAAAAGAUUGAAAGCUGAUCGCGUUCCCUGUGGUCAACGUAUUCUUACUCAGUUGCCUGGUGUGGAUGGUAGACUAUUCUGCCAAAACUUUGCUAAUCAUGUUCUUGAAUUGGACCCUUUCGAUCUUAAACCCUCACGUAUUCAAACCUGGAAUGAAAUCAAUCCUAACUUCAAGGGCUACAGUUCCUGUCCAAAUGGUCAAUACGACCCAGAAAGCGGUGAAUACAUCAACUUUACCAUGGAGAUAGGGUACAGGUCCACCAAAUACCACUUCUUCUCAGUUACGGAACAAGAGCCCAAAGGAAAUAUCAUUGCGACCAUUUGGGACGCUCCCACUGGUUGGGUCAACAACUUUGCCUUAACACUCAAUUACAUCAUUAUGGUUAUUCACCCUAUGUUAGCCAAUACUGGCGCUGUCAAAUUCGCAUGGUCUGAAAGUGUUCUCGACUCAUUCAAUUUUUAUUCUUCUGAGCCCACUUUAUUCUAUGUCAUUUCUCGUAAGGAAAAAGCUGUGAUUGCCUGUUAUAGAGCUCCCGCUUCAUUCUCUCUUAAUCAUGUCAAUGCUUUUGAAGAUAUGCAAGGCAAUGUAAUGGUCGAUAUCGUCUGUUAUGAGAACGAUCAAAUUGCCCAUCAACUGUCGACCGAUAAUUUACGUCAUCCCGAAAAGAUGGGACAAUUGGCCUUUUCACAAGUGCGUCGGUAUACGCUGAAUCGACCUGAUAUGGACGCACAUGCUACUUAUCUUGCCAACAAUUCAUUUAUUCCGUCGGCAACUAGCAUUACUUCCCGUAUCAGUUCUGUUUUGAACUAUGUGACAGGCAGACAGUCCCGUUCUUCUACCUCGUCAUCGGAAGAUGGAGCCAAUAGUAUCGGCAAUAGUGGAUGGCAUGCUUGGAUGCCAGUGAUCGGAUUUGAGGAACUGAUAGAUACGACAUUGGAACUACCCCAAGUGAAUCCUUAUUAUAAGAUGAGGUCGUAUUCCUUUAUUUACGGCCUCGGUUUCACUCCUGAAAACUCCAUCAAAGAAGGUAGAAUCUGGGAUAGCAUUGUCAAAAUUGACAUUCAUAAACAAUCUGUAGUGGCAAGUUGGUCCGAACCAUAUUGCUAUCCUAGUGAAGCACACUUCAUUCCUCAACCUGUCAAACCAGGAGAGGAUAAGUAUUCCGUGCAAGAAGAUGCAGGCGUUUUAAUUAGCAUUGUAAUGGAUGCAGCAAGGUCUACAUCUUUCCUUUUGGUUCUAGCAGCAACAGAUUUACAAGUACUUGCUCGUGUGCAAUUGAACAAGUUAAUUCCUAUCAGUUUCGCGCGCGGUAGCCACAAACUCAGAAAUAGUGGCGUCUAA